UUGGACUAAAAACUUUGAUUAUAAUAUUUGAAAUCUUUCGCUAUGGUCAUGGAACAAAGAAAGAAGGAGGGUCAUUCGUACAGGCAAUUCAUGUUUGCUUUAUUGGCUAACAUGACAACGCUGUCUUACGGGCUGGAAAGCGGCUGGGUGUCGCCCAUAACCAAACUCUUACAGUCCGACUCAUCCCCAACUGGUAAGGCGCUGUCCGACAAUGAGCUUACCUGGAUAGCCAGUGCCAUGAGCUUUGCUGCUGUCUUCGGAGUGCUCAUCUUUUCAUAUAUCACCGAAAGAUACGGGUGCAAGCGAAGCGUAAUCCUCCUGUCGUUGCCUCAAGCGCUAUCGUGGAUCUUAAGAAUCGUAAAUUCUUCAACCGCAUCCAUCAUUGCUGCGAGAAUUUUAUCAGGAAUUUCAGCUGGUGGAAUCUUUAACGUUGUACCGAUGUACGUGAAGGAAAUAAGUCAAGAUGAGACGAGAGGGGUACUGAGUUCCCUGAUAGUUCUCAGUCAGAACAUCGGAAUGUUUAGCAUGUACUUGAUGGGAGCGUACCUAGAAUAUUACACGGUAAUGCAGCUAAGCGUCGGAUUGCCGAUAUUCGCGGCGGUGUUGAUGAUUAAAGCUCCCGAGUCUCCUGUAUUCCUGGUGAAACAGGGAAAAAUGGAGGAAGCAGCCCAAACCAUAGCGAGUCUCAGAGGAAUGGAUCAACAUCAGAAAGUCGUCCAAAACGAAAUAGAUUAUAUGAGGAACGAGGACGCUCUCUUCAAGUCUCUACCAGCUGUGUCCAUGAUAAGCAUCUUGAAAGAAAAGUCCUGGCGACGCGGAGUUAUCAUAAUGUUUGUUAUGUUCACGUUCUAUUCUUUGAACGGCACCUUCACCAUCCUUACCUAUGCAUCCGCCAUCUUGGCUUCCACUGAGGAGUACGACAUUAGCCCGGAGCUGCAGACCCUGAGUCUACCGAUCGUGAUGAUCGUUGCUUCUAUACUGCUCACCGUCAUCAUUGACAGAUUCAGGAGGAAGGUACUAGCGAUUGGCGCUUUUUGCGUCAUAGCAGUUUCUAUGGCGACACUAGGUGGAGGGAUGUUGGUGCAGCACUUAGGGGGGAGUAUCCCAGGAUGGUUGCCUGUCGUCGCAAUGAUAUCAGCCGUCACAGCCUUCGCGGGGGCUCUCUCGCCCAUACCUUAUCUCAUUACCACAGAAAUGUUCCACUUCCAGAUACUGAACAAAGUAAUGGGAGCGGUGGUCACCUACGCCUGGCUCUCCACUUGCAUUGCCAUCGCGAUCUUUUCCCCGAUAUCCAACGCGUAUGGACAAUACACAGUGUAUUUUGUAUACGCGGCGUGCAAUUUAAUAGGAGCCGUAUUUGUGGCUGUAUUCAUACCAGAAACAAAAGGAAAGAACAGCGAAGAAAUACGCUUAGUACUAAGUGGUAGAGCAAAAGGCGAUUGCCAGAACUCUACAUAAGUGAUUGAUACGUAAGCCACCAUUUUCACUGGAUCUGCUGAUCAGAGAUUUUUAGACAGAUUGUGGAUCUACGUUAUUCGGUCGGGUUCUGUUGAUGUUAAUCACAAUCUGUCUACUGAACUUGACAAAACUCGACCAAAUCGCGUUGGUUCGCCAUUUAACUAUAAAGCAAUUUCUGUGGUCGUACUUAUAUCAAUGAAAAUCUAUGCCUUACCAGGGAUAUAAUAUAUUUUUAUGUGACAAGUUCAAGCAUGUGUUCAAAUUAUCUUUGUCUUUGCCUAAAUUCUCAGUUUUAUGAGGUAUACUUGGUAAAGGAUAGAGUAUUAGGUAUGUACAUGAGGGUUAAUUUAAGUAUAUUAAGUAAGCAAGUUUUUAUUUUUGUUUCUGAAAAUAAUAACGAAUACCAUUACAGUAUACUCAGGGGCCUGUGUUAUUUAUAUUAUUUCCUUAAAAGGAUUAUUCUCUAGAUGAAAGUAUCAGAUUUCAAAUGUCGCUAAGUAGAAAUUAUUUAGUUCCCUAAUUGGAAACAUGAGUGGAUGAAGUGGGAAACUACUAUUUUA